GUGUCUAUUGGCUGAACGGUCAGGUUGCGUCUGGUUCCGAUGUCGCCUGUCCGUGCGGUGUGACGCCGGGAGGUCAGAUCCUUUACAUUAUUCUUUAUUUUUAUUUUUUUUUAAUUCUCCCGUCCCUCAAAAGUCCGUGGUUUUUCUUUCCUAUUUGUGUGAAGAAACCAGUCGAGGUUUUGAAGUCUGACGGCGAGCGGCUAUUGAUUGGUAUUUGAAAUAAUGGCCGCGCUUUACGCUUGUACGAAAUGCCACCAGCGAUACCCGUUCGAGGACCUUUCUCAGGGCCAGCAGUUGUGUAAGGAGUGUCGGAUAGCACAUCCAGUAGUCAAGUGUACAUACUGCAGAACUGAAUUCCAACAAGAAAGCAAAACCAACACAAUAUGCAAGAAAUGUGCACAGAAUGUGAAGCAGUUUGGAACACCCAAACCCUGUCAAUAUUGUAAUAUUAUAGCAGCCUUCAUUGGCACCAAGUGUCAACGUUGUACAAAUUCAGAAAAGAAGUAUGGACCUCCUCAGACAUGUGAGCAGUGCAAACAGCAGUGUGCCUUUGAUCGAAAAGACGAGAGUCGACGAAAGGUAACGGAAGUUGAUGGAAAACUGCUCUGUUGGCUCUGUACCCUUUCAUAUAAGCGCGUUCUGCAGAAAACAAAAGAACAGAGAAAGAACUUGGGCUCACACUCCUCCUCAUCUUCAACUUCACUGCCGGACAAGGAACUCUCAAAGCAUCACCAUAGCACCAGUCGUCACAAAAUCGGCAGCCUAAGUCCAGAGCAGCAGCAUGGCAUGUGGAAAAUGAGCCAUAAAUCAUCAUCAUCCAGUAUUCAAAAUGAAGCUCCAAAGAAAAAGCCAAAACUUGAAACAAAGCCCUCCAAUGGAGACAGCUCAUUAACCCAGUCAAUGGACUCUGGUGGGACAGACAACUUUGUUAUAAUCAACCAAUUAAAGGAAGAGGUGAUGUCUUUGAAAAGACUUCUGCAGCAGAAAGAACAAACUAUCUUGGAAAGAGAUAAAAAGCUGACUGAGUUGAAGGCAGAUUUUCAAUACCAGGAGUCUAAUCUUAGAACAAAAAUGAACAACAUGGAGAGAGCUCAUAAAGAUGUGGUGGAACAGCUACAGGCCAAAAAUCGAGAAUUGCUGAAACAAGUUGCAUCAUUGUCCAAGGGUAAAAAGAUGGAGAAGACUGGAAACGUUCUGUUGUCUCCUUGAGGGGUUCCUUACUAGGUGCAUCAUGAAAAUGAAAGCAAAUACUGCCGUGUUAUAGAAGGUUACUGUGAAGUCUUUAAAGAAAUUUUGCACCCUGAUCGUUUUCAAAGUGGCUAGAUUUAAUCUUUUUUAUAUCGUUUUAACUAGCAAUAAGAAACAGUACUGUUCACAAAAGACAAACCCUAUCUUUCACAAGAUAUUGAUUCUCUUAUAUUUUCACCUUGAAUUUGGAAGCUGAAGAAGGGACAGUGAAUGGAAAGUAAUAAUGGAGCUUCAGUCUAUUGUUAUUUUCUGCAGAAAAUUGCUCGGAGUUACCUUGCAAUAAAAUUCUAAAGAGUCACUUUUUGACAUGGCAGUUGUUAGUUUUACAGUAAGACUUUUUUUUAAAAACAGAAAACCUAAGAGGUCUGGCAAAAUAUUCCCGCUCAUCGAGAGUUCCCCUCUCCCUGUAAUAACUGAUUUUUAGCAGGGACCGGGGAAAGGGUUGUUUAUAAUUGGAGGUUUGAUUGUAAAAUAUAAAUUACAUUUCCUAUUUAGAGUGUUCUGUGAUUGCCUUUAUCCAGCUGAGCUGUAGAGAAAUAUAAUAUGACUAGUAUAUAUGCUUUAUGCAAAUCAAAACCAAUAGAAAUGUGUAAAGCUUAUAUACUGAAAAUGACAUGAUUGACUGAGCUGUCUUUCUUGGAAUAUUUUUCAAAAGCUGUAGCAUUUCAAACAGUUGAUCCUGAUAAAUUAACUAACAUUAGAAAUGUUUGAAUAGAUAACUCCCUUUUCAGCAACACUUCAUGGACUUUAUUGAUGAAUGCAUGCUUCUAUGUAUGUGCGUGAAAAUUGUUAAAUUGCUUGAAGGACAAUAUAGGAUUGCAAACUAAUGUUAGAAAAAAAGGAACGUUUAGAUUCAAGAUGACAAGUGAGCUUUCCCUAUUGGGGAUACACAAGUUAUUAUAUUACCUUUCAUUUGAAAUAGCAACUCCAGAUACUGCACAAUUCUAAUUGUUUCAAACUGCAUCCAAAAAAGAAGCUGCAUCAUUUUCUUUUUUCCUCUUUUUUUUGUGUGCACCAAAAUACAAAUGAUGAAUGAAUCCUGAAAUAAAUAUUCUGUUGUAAAAUGCUUAUAUUCUUUUCUAUUUUUGGUGUGCAUACAUUUUUUAGUUUCUGUUCAAUGAAGCUUAUAAAAUGGAUAGGACUCUUGAUUGAUGUAUGCGGUAGAGUUGGAGUUGUGCCUUAGGGAAGUUAGCCGUAUCUCAUUUUACAUCUCAUUAAAGGACAAAGUGUUCAGAUUUACAGCAAUGCAGAGACAAAUUGCUACAAAUGAACUGUGAUUCAGUUUAUAUGAUCAUUUAGGUGUCCCCCAAAAACAAACAAUCGUUAGCACAAUCCUAUAAUAAUGAGGCUAUAACACAGUUCACAAAUCCAUUUCAUUAAAAUUGUAUUAUAAUAUAGGGCAAGCAAUCAUUUUAAACCAUUCUUAGUUUAGCUAUACUGUAUAGAUCAAAAACACAAAUUGUGUAUACAAAAUAAAUUUGUACAAUUUUUAAAUAAUCAGCCUUUUGAUAAAUUUAGAUUGUCAUGUAAAGGUGCUAUUAAAUGACAAGAAAUGGUCAACAUAUUUCAUUAUUGGACUUGUGGCAUGCUUUAAUUACAUUUCUUUGGGGAAAAAGGUUCAAAUUUUCUAAAUUGAAGUUUUAAAAAAAUUUUGUACCGUACAUUUUUAUUAAAUUGCCCCCAAGUAAAAGCUUAGUAUUGGUCUAAGUUUUAAAAAAGAAAUAAACCAACAAUGUAGGAAGAAAGCAAAAAAAAUGUUCACGGCAUUCAAUUAGAUGUACAUCUAACAGCUUGGCAGUUAACAGACUGGUAUAAAGAAUCCUUUAAGUUCCAGGUAUAGAAAAUCUUAUUUUAUAUACAGCCUUUCUCUACGUUUUCAAUUAACUUGUAAUUUUAAAAAAUCUACCUGAGCCUUGUAUUCUGGAAAUUCCAAUACAGGCCACAUUUUGUUGACCACUAUUCUCUACCAGCAUGAAGUUGAGUAGGCCAUAUAAAACUAUGCAUUUAAAACCUAUAAAAUGUCAACUGUGUCAUUUUUUGAUAACUCUACAAAACAAGAAAAAAUAAUACUUAUUCUAUCUCAGGCUGAUGCAAAUAAUACUUGACAAUGUCACCGUGCAAUUGUAUGAACAGGCUUUAAAACUUCUAGCAGAUAACUCUUCAUAAGGGGCAUUAUAAAAUUAUUACAGAAUAAUGAAAAAAUGCAAGAGUAAGAACUCUCUUGGUAUCAUAGCGGUGUGAAGAUAUUUGAUAGCAUGUUGUUACUCCAGUACAAGCAUGGUUAACCCUAGGGCCUAUGAAUUGCCUCCUCUAGAGUGAUGCAUACUUGAUGAAACUAAUUUUCUAACCAGUUAGUGAGAACAGAUUGCAGUAUUUUGUGUGUAAACAGGAACAUAUUACAAAAGCAGAAUGUGAUAUAACCAUGUGUACAUUGCCAUUGACCUCUACCAGUAACAGUGCCUUGUCAUUCUGCAAGUUUUUAAAUUUGGCAUACAUUCUGUAAUUAUGGUGAUACAUUACCAUUUGUAUAUAAUGUUUUGCUAAUGCACCAGUUUGCUUAUUUAUAAAUGCUGUAAUUUUCUUUGCUGUAGAGUGGUUCCAAGCUUUUAAACUCCAUUUUAAUCAUGUAAUUCCAUGUUUUUUCAUCGAUUUAACUAAUUCUAGUUAUAUUAUGUGCAUGGAGGAUUAUUACCCUUCCUGACUAUAAACCUUUAUCAGAUAUGUAUACAAUGUUAUUUGUAAAUCAGGGUGCAUAGAAUUCAAAGACUUCACAGUAUUUAAACCAGGAUGGUGAAUUUUAAUCAUGUACUGAAUUUUAAGAUUUUAAUAUUGUUUAUAUUUGUUUUUACCUCCAUUUAUUACUUGAAAAUUCUAAGUUGUAAAAUAGUCUGGGGAUGUUUCCUUGCAGCAAUAGACAUAGACUUAUGCUUUUUAUUUUAUUUUGGAAAGAAGUCUCCUGUAUAAGUGGUGAAACUGCAAGGUAAAAUUGUACUGUACUUCAUUUUUAUGUAACCAUAAACAUAUGUUCAUUGAACUUGUGUUCUUUCUAAUGAAAUAGGAUUUAAGUCAAAGCUGCCAGUUGUAUAUUUUAAAAUCUCACAACUCACCUUGUAUUUCUUCUGUGUCCUCCUUGAGGAACUGUAUACAUAAAUGCUUGGAAUGUGUUCCUUAGAAUUUGUAACUAUACACAGGAACAAACUGAAUUAUAUAAUCAGACAUUGGUCAACAGCUGAAAUUUUAUACUUGUUUUCUAAAUCUUGACAGUUUGAAAUAAAUCUUGUUAAAAUA